AUGGCGUCGACCGCAGUUGCUGAUUUCGGUCUCAUCGGUCUGGCCGUCAUGGGCCAGAACCUGAUCCUCAACGCUGCUGAUCACGGUUUCACUGUCUGUGCCUACAACCGUACCACCUCCAAGGUCGACCGCUUCCUUGACAAUGAGGCCAAGGGCAAGCCUAUCGUCGGUGCUCACUCCGUCGAGGAGUUCUGCUCCAAGCUGAAGCGCCCUCGCCGCAUCAUGCUCCUCGUCAUGGCUGGCAAGCCCGUCGACCAGUUCAUCGAGUCUCUUUUGCCUUUCCUCGAGAAGGGUGAUAUCAUCAUUGACGGUGGUAACUCCCACUACCCCGACAGCAACCGCCGCACCAACUACCUGAAGGAGAAGGGCAUCAGCUUCGUCGGCAGCGGUGUCUCUGGUGGUGAGGAGGGUGCCCGCUACGGUCCCUCUCUCAUGCCCGGUGGUAACCCUGACGCCUGGCCUCACAUUAAGGACAUCUUCCAGAGCAUUGCCGCCAAGAGCGAUGGUGAGCCUUGCUGCGACUGGGUCGGUGAUGAGGGUGCUGGUCACUACGUCAAGAUGGUCCACAACGGUAUCGAAUACGGUGACAUGCAGCUCAUCUGUGAGGCCUAUGACAUCCUGAAGCGCGGUCUCGGUCUCUCCUCGAAGGAAAUCGCUGAUGUCUUCGCUAAGUGGAACAAGGGUGUUUUGGACUCUUUCCUCAUUGAGAUCACCCGUGACAUCCUGUACUACAACGACGAGGACGGUGUCCCCAUGGUCGAGAAGAUCCUCGACAAGGCUGGUCAGAAGGGUACCGGCAAGUGGACCGCCAUCAACGCUCUCGACCUCGGUAUGCCCGUCACCCUGAUCGGCGAGGCUGUCUUCUCCCGCUGCCUCUCUGCCCUCAAGAACGAGCGUGUCCGUGCCAGCAAGCUUCUCAGCGGCCCUACCCCCGAGUUCUCUGGCAACAAGGAGGAGUUCCUUGACGAUCUCGAGCAGGCUCUGUACGCCUCUAAGAUCAUCUCCUACGCCCAGGGAUUCAUGCUCAUCCAGGACGCCGCCAAGGAGUACGGCUGGGAGCUCAACAAGCCCGCCAUUGCCCUCAUGUGGCGCGGUGGUUGCAUUAUCCGCUCCGUCUUCUUGAAGGACAUCACCGAGGCCUACCGCAAGGACCCCAACCUCGAGAACCUCCUCUUCAACGACUUCUUCAACAAGGCCAUCCACAACGCCCAGAAGGGCUGGAGAAACAUUGUCAGCAAGGGUGCCCUCUGGGGUGUUCCCACUCCCGCUUUCAGCACCGCCCUCAGCUUCUACGACGGCUACCGCGCCGAGACCCUGCCCGCCAACCUGCUGCAGGCUCAGCGUGACUACUUCGGUGCCCACACCUUCCGCAUCAACCCCAAGUUCGCUAGCGAGAAGCACCCCGAGGACAAGGACAUCCACGUCAACUGGACCGGACGUGGCGGUGACGUGUCUGCCUCGACCUACGUUGCUUGA